AUGAAAGGUAAAGAUGACCGUAAUUUAUGGAACAAAGAAGCUCGAGAAUUGAGAAAAUCAAUGCCAACAAACAUUGAAGGUGUUGAUCAACAAGUGUACAAAAGUCUUAGGUUGAGUUAUGAUUACCUGCAAGAUGAGGAAGCCAAGGCUUGCUUUUUGCUUUGUUCUCUAUUUCCCGUGGAUCAUAACAUCUUAAUAGAAGACUUGGUACGAUAUGGGAUGGGGUUGAGGGCAUUCAAAAAAGUUGAUACAGUGCAUGAAGCCAGUGGCAGUGCAAAGUCAGUGACUGACAAUCUCAUAGCUUCUUGUUUGUUAUUAGCUAGUGACAAUAAACAAGAUUGUAUCAAAAUGUAUGAUGUUGUACAUGAUGUUGCCAUAGAUAUUGGGUCCAAAAAGUGUUUUGUAAGAGAUAGUUGCAAUUUGAAAGAUUGGCCAAAUAUGGAUAGUUUGGAUCUAUACACUAGCAUAUCAUUGAUGAGAAAUCAAAUUAGUAACCUUCCUGAGGUCUUGGAGUGUCCAAAGCUCCAAAUAUUACUAUUACCAGGCAAUGGAAAUGCAUGGUCAUGUUCACAUGAAUUCUUUUCAAGGAUAAAUGCGCUUAGUGUUUUUGAUUUCUCAUUACUAGGAUUUUGA